AUGGUUUCUCAAGAUCCAAAAUGGACCCAUGCAAUGCAACAGGAGAUAGAUGAUUUAGAGGCUAACCACACUUGGGAGUUGACUACCUUGCCUGUUGAUCAGAAAACUAUAGGUGCUAAAUGGUUGUAUAAAAUCAAGCAUAAAGCUAAUGGUGAAGUUGAUAAAUAUAAAGCUAGAUUGGUGGAUAAAGGUUAUACUCAAAGAGAAGGCUUAGACUACCAUGAGACCUUGUCUCCAGUUGCCAAGAUGGUCUCCGUUCGGACUAUAAUCAGUGUUACUGCUUCUAAGGAAUGGGAUUUCUUUUCACAUGGAUGUAAGUAA